AUGGAUACGACCGUCGACUUAGAAAAGACGAAGACCCUCGAAUGCUCUUCGUCCGUCCAAAACUCCAAUGAUCCCAUCCUUGUGACAUGGUCCUCCCCCACCGACUCUUCAAAUCCCCUAAACUGGCCCACCUCUCACAAAUGGUUCAUAACAAUAUUCCUCUCCUGCGGCGGCCUCGUCUGCCUCAUGUCCUCCACCAUGCUCGCCACAGCCGUCACGACCAUCGCACAAGAUCUACACGUCUCGCAAGCCUCCGCCAACAUGUCCCUCUCGAUCUUCGUGCUGGCGUUCGCGUUUGGGACCCCGGUUCUGGCGCCUUUGGCGGAGGUGUUUGGGCGGAGGAAGGUUUGGCUGGCGUGUGGUGUUUGGUAUGUCGGGUGGAGUGUGGGCUGUGGGUUUGCGGAGAGUAAUGGGUUUUUGUUGGCGGCGAGGUGGUUUGCUGGGUUGGGGUCGAGUGCGGAGUAUGUGCUCACGAGUCCGAUUCUGGCUGAUAUCUGGAGACCGGAGCAACGGGGUCUAUCGUUUGCCAUUGCUACGUUCUUGCCAUUACUGGGUCCUGCUCUUGGUCCUCUCAUUGCUGGACUUGUCACAGAGUCGAUAGGAUAUCGCUGGAAUUUCUGGAUCCUGGCCAUCUUCGAUGCCCUACUGAUCCUUGGCGCUUUCUUCUUUCUUCCUGAGACGUACGGUCAGCUUCUACUUCACCGCAAGGCUCGAAAGUUGGCGAAGACGACCGGGAGAGUACACUACACUGAAUACGACAUUCAUUCCCUACCCCCGACGACUAGACUGCAAAAGAGCAUGAUGCGACCCUUCUUGAUGAUGCUCCAGGACCGGAUCAUUCAGAUCAUGGCGCUGCUACUGGCUUUCAACUAUGGUACUCUUUACCUCGUCUUGACGUCUUGCGCGAGCAUCUGGACUGAAUCCUACCUGGGGUCAGUCUCACAAUCAGGACUACACUACCUCGCCAUGGUGAUCGGAUAUACCGCCCACCUGAAGGCCAAGCACCAGGGACGAAGCGCACCAGAGUACAGAAUCCCACUCAUGCUGCCAGGCAUCAUCUUGAUCCCCGCCGGGCUCCUCUGGUUCGGCUGGGCCGCAGAGAAGCACGCGCCCUGGCCAGUCGUCGACGCUGGAGCUCUUAUCUUCGCCAUUGGCAUCAUCCUCUCAACCCAGGCGAUGCAGCAGUAUCUUAUCGAAGCGUACAGGGAGCAUGUCGGAUCAGCUGCCGCCGCGUCACAGUUCCUGAGGAAUAUCUUUGCUUUUGCGUUUCCGAUCUUUGCGCCGGCUUUGUUCUCGUCGUUGGGGUAUGGAUGGGGGAACACGACGAUUGCGUUGGUGUUCCUGGUGCUGGCUGUUCCGGGACCAUUCGUUCUUUGGAAAUUCGGGGCGCAGCUUCGGGCGAGUGCUGGAGCUGUUGUCUAG